CCAGGAGUCACGUGGCGCGCGGCCGCGGCCGAAGCAGAAGUAGCAGCGCCCGCGUUGGAGGGCGCGCGCCGCAGGGAGUGCCCGGAGCCGGGACCCGCGGCCGGGGCUCGGCCAGCGUCCUGUUCCCUCACGCCUCCCACCGCGUCCUCUGCCAAAAAUGACCGCCAUGGUCAACAUGGACACCCUUCCUGAAUAUGAGAAGAGUCAGAUCAAGAGAACCCUGGAGCUGGGCACGGUGAUGACCGUGUUCAGCUUUCGUAAGUCUACCCCCGAGCGGAGGACUGUCCAGGUGAUCAUGGAGACGCGGCAGGUGGCCUGGAGCAAGACGGCUGACAAGAUUGAAGGCUUCUUGGAUAUCAUGGAAAUCAAGGAAAUCCGCCCCGGGAAGAACUCCAAGGAUUUUGAGCGCGCGAAGGCAGCCCGCCAGAAGGAGGACUGCUGUUUCACCAUCUUGUAUGGCACCCAGUUCGUCCUGAGCACUCUGAGUUUGGCAGCUGAUUCUAAAGAAGAUGCAACUAAGUGGCUCUCUGGCUUGAAAAUCUUACACCAGGAAGCGAUGAGUGCGUCUACGCCCACCAUUAUUGAGAGUUGGCUGAGAAAGCAGAUUUAUUCAGUGGAUCAAACCAGAAGAAACAGCAUCACCCUCCGGGAGCUGAAGACCAUCUUGCCCCUGGUCAACUUCAAAGUGAACAGUGCCAAGUUCCUCAAAGAUAAGUUUGUGGAAAUCGGCGCUCACAAAGAUGAACUCAGCUUUGAGCAGUUCCACCUUUUCUAUAAAAAUCUUAUGUUUGAGCAGCAAAAGUCGAUUCUUGAUGAAUUCAAAAAAGAUUCUUCUGUGUUCAUCUUGGGCAACACCGACCGGCCGGAUGCCUCCGCUGUUUACCUGCACGACUUCCAGCGGUUUCUCCUACACGAACAGCAGGAGGUUUGGGCUCAGGAUCUGAACAAAGUCCGCGAGCGGAUGACAAAGUUUAUCGAUGACACCCUGAGGGAGACCGCCGAGCCCUUCUUGUUUGUUGAUGAGUUCCUCACGUACCUGUUUUCGCGGGAGAACAGCAUCUGGGAUGAGAAGUACGACGUCGUGGACAUACAGGACAUGAACAACCCCUUGUCCCAUUACUGGAUCUCCUCCUCACAUAACACGUACCUCACCGGUGACCAGCUGCGGAGUGAGUCGUCCACGGAGGCAUACAUCCGCUGCCUGCGCAUGGGCUGUCGCUGCAUCGAGCUGGACUGCUGGGACGGGCCCGAUGGGAAGCCCAUCAUCUACCAUGGCUGGACGCGGACCACCAAGAUCAAGUUUGAUGACGUCGUGCAGGCCAUCAAAGACCAUGCCUUUGUCACCUCAAGCUUCCCGGUGAUCCUGUCCAUCGAAGAGCACUGCUGUGUGGAGCAGCAGCGCCACAUGGCCAGGGUGUUCAAGGAGGUGUUUGGCGACCUGCUGUUGACAAAGCCCACGGAGGCCAGUGCUGACCAGCUGCCCUCGCCCAGCCAGCUGCGGGAGAAGAUCAUCAUCAAGCAUAAGAAGCUGGGCCCCCGAGGCGAUGUGGAUGUCAACGUGGAAGAUAAGAAAGAUGAGCACAAGCAACAGGGUGAACUGUACAUGUGGGAUUCCAUUGACCAGAAAUGGACCCGGCACUACUGUGCCAUCGCCGAUGCCAAGCUUUCGUUCAGCGAUGACAUUGAGCAGACUGCAGAGGAGGAGCUGCCCCAGGAUAUACCCCCCACGGAGCUGCAUUUUGGGGAGGAGUGGUUCCACAAGAAGGUGGAGAAGAGAACAAAUGCCGAGAAGCUGCUUCAGGAAUACUGUGCCGAGACGGGGGGCAAAGAUGGGACCUUCUUGGUGCGGGAGAGCAAGACCUUCCCCAACGACUACACCCUGUCCUUCUGGCGGUCUGGCCGGGUCCAGCACUGCCGGAUCCGCUCCGUCAUGGAGGGCGGGACCAUGAAGUACUUCCUGACUGACAACAUCAUGUUCACCAGCAUCUAUGACCUCAUCCAGCACUACCGUGAGACGCACCUGCGCUGUGCCGAGUUCGAGCUCCGGCUCACCGACCCCGUGCCCAACCCCAACCCCCACGAGUCAAAGCCGUGGUACUAUGAUGGCCUGAGCCGCGGGGAAGCAGAGGACAUGCUGAUGAGAGUUCCCCGGGACGGGGCCUUCCUGAUCCGGAGGCGGGAAGGUACCGACUCCUACGCCAUCACCUUCAGGGCCAGGGGCAAAGUAAAGCAUUGCCGCAUCCAUCGGGACGGCCGGCACUUUGUGCUGGGGACCUCUGCCUACUUCGAGAGCCUCGUCGAGCUGGUCAGUUACUACGAGAAGCACGCGCUGUACCGGAAGAUGCGGCUGCGCUAUCCCGUGACGCCUGAGCUGCUGGAGCGCUAUAAUAUGGAACGAGAUAUCAACUCCCUCUAUGACGUCAGCAGGAUGUAUGUGGAUCCCAGUGAAAUCAACCCGUCCAUGCCUCAGAGGACCGUCAAAGCUCUGUAUGACUACAAAGCCAAGCGAAACGAUGAGCUGAGCUUCUGCCGUGGGGCCCUCAUUCACAACGUCUCCAAGGAGCCCUGGGGCUGGUGGAAAGGAGACUAUGGGACCAGGAUCCAGCAAUACUUCCCAUCCAACUAUGUUGAGGACAUUUCAACGGUCGAUGUGGAAGAACUGGAAAAGCAGAUUAUUGAAGACAAUCCCUUAGGGUCUCUUUGCAGAGGAAUACUGGAUCUCAACACCUAUAACGUCGUGAAAGCCCCGCAGGGGAAAAACCAGAAGGCGUUUGUGUUCAUCCUGGAGCCCAAGAAGCAAGGCGACCCUCCGGUGGAGUUUGCCACAGACAGGGUCGAGGAGCUCUUUGAGUGGUUUCAGAGCAUCCGGGAGAUCACCUGGAAGAUGGACACCAAGGAGAACAACAUGAAGUACUGGGAGAAGAACCAGUCCAUCGCCAUCGAGCUCUCGGACCUGGUAGUCUACUGCAAGCCGACCAGCAAGACCAAGGACAAUUUAGAAAACCCCGACUUCCGAGAAAUCCGCUCCUUCGUGGAGACGAAGGCUGACAGUGUCGUCAGACAGAAACCGGUCGACCUCCUCAAGUACAAUCAGAAGGGCCUGACCCGUGUCUACCCGAAGGGACAGAGGGUGGACUCCUCCAACUACGACCCCUUUCGCCUCUGGCUGUGUGGCUCCCAGAUGGUGGCACUCAACUUCCAGACUCCAGACAAGUACAUGCAGAUGAAUCAAGCCUUGUUCUCACUCAACGGGCGGACAGGCUACGUUCUGCAGCCCGAGAGCAUGAGGACGGAGAAGUACGACCCCAUGCCACCCGAAUCCCAGCGGAAGAUUUUGAUGACUCUGACAGUCAAGGUUCUCGGGGCUCGCCAUCUCCCCAAACUUGGCCGAAGCAUCGCAUGUCCCUUUGUGGAGGUGGAAAUCUGUGGGGCUGAAUAUGACAACAACAAGUUUAAGACCACAGUUGUGAAUGACAAUGGCCUAAGCCCCGUUUGGGCUCCAACACAGGAGAAGGUGACCUUUGAAAUUUAUGACCCAAACCUCGCGUUUCUGCGCUUUGUGGUCUACGAGGAAGAUAUGUUCAGUGAUCCUAACUUCCUCGCUCAUGCCACUUACCCCAUCAAAGGAAUCAAAUCAGGAUUCAGAUCUGUUCCUCUGAAGAACGGGUACAGUGAAGAUAUCGAGCUGGCUUCCCUCCUGGUGUUCUGUGAGAUGCAGCCAGUCCUGUUUCAGAUUUCAUCAUAAACAAUUAAAGCAUCAGUAGGGGUGCCUGGGUGGCUCUGUUGGUUAAGCAUCCGACUUCAGCUUGGGUCAGGAUCUCACAGUUCAUGAGUUCAAGCCCUGUGUCGGGCUCUGUGCUGACAGCUCAGAGCCUGGAGCCUGUUUCAGAUUCUGUGUUUCCCUUUCUCUCUACCCCUCCCCUGCUCAUGCUCUCUGUCUCAAAAAUAAAUAAAGAUAUUAAAUUUUUUUUUUAAUAAAAGCAUCAAUGGGGGGAAUAAAAAUUGAAAAAAACUAAAGGUACAGAACACCGUGAAGAUCUUGUCACAGGCCAGGAACAGUUUAUAACCAAAGAUGUUCUCCAAGACUUCGAGGACUCUAAAGUUUAAAAACACGUAGAUCCAUCUAAAACAAAGGCUUAUAGACGACGCAAGGAUUGAAAGUAGGAAUAAGAAAAUCCUAACAUAAACAAAUCUAUAUACCUCAAAGUGGACAUACCUCCACGGGAGAACAUGAGAUAAUUAGGGCAAACAGCCAAAUCUUUCUCCCUAAAGAUCAUCCCUAAAAACUGAAAAACCAAGAACGUGCCUUUCAAGUACUUUUUUUAAAGAACUCUCAACAAUCAAAAGAACUCAAUGUUGAGGAGCAGGAAUCAUGAGGGCUGGGGUGACGGUGAACAAGGAGAAUGCUAUUUUUUGUGUGUGGUAUAAUAAUCCUUAUAGUACUUCUUGACUUUCAACUCUGUGCAUAUAUAACUAAUAAAAACUCAAAGCUUUAAGCUUAAGUAGGAGCAGAUGAUGCACUGGUGGGGAGCAUAUGACUUCUUGAAGGACAUUUGCUGUGAAGGUGACAAGAGACAUGGGUUAGUAGCUGGAGGGGCUGUGGGGUGAAGGACAGCUUUUGAAGAUGUAUUUGCUGCUGAUGGGCGUGAUUUACCAGAGCUCCAGAAGGGAAUGAUGGUACAGGAGAGAGAGGACCCCGGGGCCAGCAGGAACGAAGGCAGGACUACGGCAAGGGGCCCCGGAUGGGCAGAUUUCCCAUGUGGUUUCUCCUCUACCCUAUGUGAAGCCAGAAGCAGGGCCAUCAGCUGAAAUCGGGGCAGUCCUCUCAAGAGACGACAGAGGAUUUCUGAGCAAAGCACAGAAGGAUUAGAUCACUCAAUGUGCUUCUGUGAUGUAUGCAUUCAUACAUAUUUUACUUAGGAUUUUUGCACGGACAAGUCUAUAGUUCUCCGUCAGGUUUUGUUACGCUGGCUUCUUAGGAACUACAUGGAAGCCUUCCUUCUCCCAGCUGUGGCACCUCUUGAGUGGAACCAGAGUAACUAUUGACUACACCCAACAGAUGUUAGAGACAUCGUUUGUGAAACUUUCUGGGCCAGCUGUAAGAGCUUUCCCAUUUUCUUCUGGGAUAAAAUGAGUCUCAAUUUUUUUUCCUUACCGGAUAAUUUUCUAUAAUAAGAAAUAUGUACGUAUGCCUAUAAUAAAUAUUGGGAGAUAACAAAAGUCUUACAACAAACACAAAUACAUACCCAUUCUUCUCAUGACCCGCUUGGUUUUCACUGCACAAGUUCCCACCAUUUCUAGGUUUGCCUUUACUGAUUCAGUCUGCUUUCCUUAGACCUGUUCCUUUUAUAGCUCUCUGUGUUCCUUUUAUAACGCUUUGUGUUUCCUUAGACCUGUUCCUUUUAUAACUCUUUAUUUCCUAUCAUUGUUGGGUGCUGAUGCAAUGGGGGUGAAGGCCACGCACACAGAGAUGACACAGGGCUAGGCGCACUUGCUCUCCUGAGACACGCUUCAGAAAAAAGGACUUGGCAAGUGCCCAGGACCCAGGCCGGUCAUCAUCACCUGCUUGAGGGACUGGGGUAAAGGCAGGUACAGCCAGGAAGCCAGGACACGGACUGUUCCCAAGAACCCAGAGCUCUGAGCAAUCAUCCUAGCACUUUGCUGGCCCUGCCAUAGGAGUCCCCCAUUUAGGACAUUCAGAAAACCAGAUACCAAUGUAUAGAUUCAAGAAGAAAUCCCAUUCAAGAUGAGCUUACACAUUAACAUUUUAAAGCACUUGUGGGGUGCCUGGGUGGCUCAGUGAAGCGUCUUUUUUUUUUUUUUUGAAAAUAUAUAUGUUUUAAUUAGGCAGAGAAUCCCAGGCAGACUCUGCUGACAGUGGGGAGCGUGACACAUGGCUUGAACCCACGAACUGUGAGAUCAUGACCUGAGCUGAAAUCAAGGAGUCCGCCUCCUAGCUCAGGUCUUGAUCACAGGGUCAUGAGUUCAAGCCCCACACUGGGCACAGAGCCUACUUAAA